GCGGCGGCGGUGGCGGAGGCGGAGGGGGCGCGUAAGAUGGCGGAGCUGCAGGAGGGUCGGCGGUACGGCCUGUCCUGCGGGGGACGGCCGCCCAACAUCACCGCCAUGCACGUCAAGCUGACCGAGACCGCCCUGCGGGCCAUGGAGAGCUACCAGGAAUACAAAAAUCAUGUGUCUUCUCAACCUUCAAUUCAGUUUCAAGGCUCCCAAGGGCUGCUGAAAAUUCCCAAAGUUGGUCAGCCAGAUGAAAUGCAUGAGUAUAACUUCUUCUUGUCAAGUGUUGGCAAAGAUAACCCUCAGGGAAGCUUUGAAUGUGUCCAGCAAGUGGCCUCAACUUCUGGAGCCUCGCAACUCAGUUGUCUGGGACUUGUACAGAACAAAAUUACAGUUUGUCCAACAAGUGAAUCGUAUCAGACGACCAGAGAGCGCAUGGCCCAGGCAGAAGAGGAGUCGCGUAAUCGAAGUGCAAAGGUUAUUAAACCUGGUGGAGCAUCUUUAGGAAAAAGACCACAGGUCAGAAGAGCACCACAGAGCAUUCCAGAUGUUGUGCCUGAGAGGAAGAGAUCCACACCCAUGAACCCUGCAAACACCAUUAGGAGGACUCAGGCACAGAAUGCUGUUGCUCAGAGGCCAUACAGGGACAGAGUGAUUCACCUGCUGGCACUGAGGAGCUACAAGAAACCAGAGUUGCUUGCACGUUUGCAGAGAGAUGGUGUCAACCAAAAGGACAAGAAUUCCCUGGGAAUUAUUCUUCAGCAGGUAGCCAACCUGAACCCAAAGGAUAAUUCUUACUCUCUGAAGGAUUCUUUAUUUAAAGAAAUUCAAAAACAGUGGCCUGGAUACACUGAAGUAGAUAAACAGUCAUUGGAGUUAAUUCUUUCUAGAAAACUGUCUUCAUCUCAGAAUGCCAACAGCACCAGCCGUUUGGAAUGCUCUGCAGCUUCUGAUAAAGAUGCUCCAUCAAACACUGCUCAGAAAAGACCUCUGAACCCCGUGUUCACUGAUCCUCUGAUGAACAAGAGGCAGAGGAUCUCUCACAUGGCCAACCAAAUCCACCAUCUGCUCCGUGGCCCCUUUGCUGCCCCUCGCCCGCCCGCCGCAGCCGCCCGCCCGCCGCCUCCUCCUCCACCCCAUCACCCCACACCCCUUCCCUCCUCCAGCCUCCAGCCUUCCAGCUCCCCCAGGACCCCCGAGGGGAAGGGGAUGCAAGAGGUGCCUCAGUGUAGCCUCACCCAAAACCAGAGGAGCAGCUCCCAGGACCGGAAUCCAACAGGCACCUCCCGGACUGCGCUGAGGAUCCCGACGCCCAACGUGGGGAAGGGGAAAUCUCCCAAGCUCAUGGGCAACCAACAGCCCAAGAAGGUGAAGGAGCAUAAGGAGGAGAAAAACAAACCACAGGACACUUCAAGUGUAAGCGAGGAGGAGAAAAGCCUCAGAAAAGAAGAAAUUGACAAGCUGAAUAAAGCCUCCCCUUCGGAGUCGUCUGAAGGAGCCAAAAAGCCCUGCACUGCCUCCAAAGAGUCUCCUUCAUCAGAGGAACAACCAGACUACUUAACAAAAUACAUCCCCAUCUCCCUGUGGGAGCAGCGCCAGCGCUACAAGGACGAUUUCAAUGCGGAGUAUGAUGAGUACAGGAGCCUGCAUGCUCGGAUAGAGAGUGUCAACAGGAGGUUCAUGGAGCUGGAUCAGCAGAGGAAGCUGGUUUCACCAGGGUCCAAAGAAUAUCAGAUGCUUCAGGAGGAAGUCUUAGAAGAGUACAGAAAGGUUAAAGAGUCCAACCCCAGCUACCAUGAAGAGAAAUGCAGAUGUGAAUAUCUCCACGGCAAGCUGUCUCACAUUAAGAAGCUGAUAGUGGAGUUUGACGAAGAGCAAGGAGAGCCCUGGCACUGGAAUUCUGCUCCCACCACGACGUGUGAAUGAACUGAAGCUUUAUUUAUUGAAAAAAAAAAUCAGCAUUGGUUGCUCUAAGGUCCUAAGAAUUAGUAUCAGACCUUUGGAUUACAGAAGUUUCAGUAUUAGCAGACCUAAGUUAUCAACUUUUGUUGUCACUGAUGUUGUUCAUAUGCGUAUUUGAAGCUGCUUUUUCUGGUCCCUUCUUUUCUUCAAAACUUAUAUUUGUCCAUUGAAAUAAUUUUACCAGUAGAUGCUGGGUACCCAGUUACCUCUACAGUGAAAUCGUGCACAUUUUAAGAAAAAAAAAAAACUUGUAGCAAACUUGAAAUGCCUUUGGAUAAAUAUAAGGCUGUUUUCUGACCUUUCUUGUUAAUGCAGACUCUUUGCCUUAAGUGGUAGAAGGUUUAGAAAUUUGCACAAAAGACAAAAAAAACCACAAAAAAAAAACCACAAAAAAAAAAAAAAAAAAAAAAAACCACCAAAAAAAAACCACCAAAAAAAAAAAAAAUCACUUUGUUUUGGAGGGUUCAAGAGAGAGGUGUACGAGCUGUGUACAGCCCAAUUUAUUAUAACAGAAACUCACCCCUGCAACUUAAACCCCCCACUGCAGUGGUUGCCUUAAGGUGUUUGCUUGUGUAUUUUGUGUAGUUAAAUUGUUAGCUACACCCCUUCCCACUCUGCUGGAGCUCCUGGGAAGGAUGCUAUGGGGACUACGUGGCCUACCAGUGUCUGGAAGUGUGUGGUUGUGCUCUGUGUACGUGUGUGUGUGUCAGGAUGUGUGCCUGGUGAGCAUCUCUGAUGGGGAUAAAAACAAACAAAACAAUAAAGCUGCUACUCUGAAGUAGGCCAAACGCUCAGGUUAAAACAACUGAUGAGUGUUGCUCUUGGGCUUAUUUUUAAUUUUGUUUUUUUCUUUCUUUUUUUUUUUUUUUUUUUUUUCCUUAAAAAAUUGCUACUUCUAUUGUGGAAGGUGAGAGCAUUUCCAUUUCAAUAGUUUGUCAGCUUUAAUAAUAUUGGGGAAAUUGAUAACUUUGCAAAGAUGAGACAUAUAGUUUUCAGGCAAGAUUAUUAAAACUAAACAUGUAGGUGAACUAUUUAUAUACUGCUAUAAAGUAUUUUUGAAGAGAGAUAUGCAAAGAAGCUAUUGCCUCUAUGUAAUGUAUAUUUAAAGAUUUGUUUUUUCUCCUGGAUGCCAGGAAAAGGACAAAGAACAGAUGUAUUUAACUAUAAAAAAAUACUGUGAUCACAAGACAGCACAAACUUUCAUUUCAUGCAGGUUUUUUUCGUUUGUUUUGGUGUAAACCAUUGCUUCACUUUAUCAUGUGAAAACACAGGUUAUUAGGUCAAAAUUGAGCAAAAUCUUUGUGUGUCUUACUGUGUUUCUCUUUACAAAAUGCUGCCAGUUGAAAAGGGAAGCAUUAUGUUUACAAAACUGACUUUGGAACUUUUGCCAAAAUCGUGGUAGUUUAGACUUUAUCUCCAGCACCACAUCAAAACUGUUGGUGUAACCCCUGUAAACCAGAAAAAAAAAAUAAAAAAAAAGUCCAGCUGCCAGAAAAAAACGUGCAUUAAGGUUAAUGGGGAGCAAUUUUAAUAUUUUUGCCUUAAAUUUGUGGGUUCCAAGGGGAUGAUCACUGUGGAGGUGGAGCAGCAGGCACCACGCCUCCCUCCCUGCUGCAUGGCAGCAGUUUUUGUGGGGAUUACUUGAGCCCAAGUUGACUUUUGGGUCCUUUUGGGUCAAUACUGUUGGUUUUUCCAACCCCUCCAUUUCCAGCAGCCAAGGGAAGAGCUGCCCUGAAGGGCUGAGCUGGGUCCUGAGCAGGUGGUGAUGCUCCAGUUCUGCUGGAGAGCUUGGCUUUCCACCUCUGGAAGCAAAAGAAAAAAAA